CACCCGGCGUCUCUCGUGGAAAGGCCGCGUUCUGUGUCGCUUUAUUUUUUGAAGGCAGCAAGCAGCCAAUGUGAGGCCGCCUUGCUUUCCCCAGCAGCCAAUCACACGGCGUGUUAUUGAUUGGCGUCCCGCUUCUCCGUCGAGCAGUGGGCGGCCGUUACCAGCUUCCAGGCUACUGUUUCUGUCUUAGAAGAACAAUUGGCGCCUUCCUGCCUGUUGUGGGAGCCGUCCUUGUACCUCAGCCGAACAGCGAAUAUCCCCGGGCGCCCUAUUUGUCACUCCUGUAUGUGAGCGCGCUAUGCCGGAGUUUUUGGAAGACCCCUCAUUACUGACCAAAGACAGGCUGAAAAAUGAGCUGCUGGCCAACAGUGUAUCUCUGCCUUCCGGGGAGCAGCGUAAGGAUGUCUAUGUGCAGCUCUACCUGCAGCACCUGACCGCCCGCAACCGCGGUGCCCGGGAAUUCUCCAGUGAUGAAGAGAGGGAGGCCACCCCAGUGAGGGGCAGAGGGCGCCCGCCUGGACGGGUGAGUCAAGCCUCCAUAGGGAGUAAAGCAACAAAGAAAACUGAUAAGCCUAAUGUAGAAGAGAGGUCCGGAAAAACUGAGCAAGAUGUGACAGAACUCAGUAGUGAUGCUCUGAGAAGGGAACUACUUAAAUAUGGAAUAACACCUGGUCCUAUUAUGGCUACUACUAGGAAGAUUUAUGAAAAAAGGCUGAUGAAGUUGAAGGAGCAACCGGUCACAUCCAUAACCCCUGUAGCAGAUACCUCAAACUCGGACAGUAACAACCAGAAUGGAAAUUCUGAUCCUGAUCAGUACAGUGACAAUGAAGAACCCAAGAUCAACCUUACUUUUGAGAGAAGAGAACCAAUAAGGGGCAAAUCAAAGACUCGGAUCACAUCCCGGUCCAGAAGAUUGGAGCAAAAUGAGAUUGUGGAGAAGACAUUUACUGAAGAAAAAGAAGACUGGGAUAUUCUGAAGGAAAUGUUUCCAUAUGAAACUUUAACUCCCACAGGAAUAAGCGCCUCAUGCCGCAGGCCGAUAAAAGGAGCUGCAGGUCGUCCUAUAAGUGAGAAUUAUGAAGAAGGUUACACUUCCCAGUAUGCCCCAAAGUACUAUCCAGUACAUGGAUCGAAGGUCACAAAACCGAAAACUGGACGAUCGAUCUCCAUGUGGAUAAAGAUCCUUAUCUUUGUUAUUUUGGCUGUGUUUUUAUUCUUGGUUUAUCAAGUUAUGGAGACAAAUGAAGGGAAUCCUUUUUCUGUUUUCCUACAGGGCAUUCAGCGUCUGAAUAAAGGUAGAAACUGAUUUUCAGGGUUUUUUUGUU